CAAUAAUUAUGUGGGAAUAUAUAGUUGUUGGUACUUGCUUUUUGAUUCUCAUCAUCAUUAAAUUUUAUUUAUUUAAAGUAGGCCAUAAUAAUAAAUUAGGUUUCCUAUGAUAAGAAGAUGAAAUACUAUAAUGAUCCUGAUGAGAUGGCAAUUGAAUUUUAUUCAAAUAUGCAGAAAUAAAAUACUAUUGAAUAAAUUACAUAAACUCUAAAUAAUAUUCAUUUAUUGGCUUAGAGGAAUGUUUAGAUUAUAGUAGAUUAAUGUAAUUUUAUUGGCACCACAAAUAGUUUAAUUGGGUUAGAAUGAUAAUACUUUGACAAUAAUUUCUGAGAGAUUAAGAAAUACAUCAAUAAUAAUAGCUCUGUUAAAACAUAAGUAUCCAAAAGAGCUGCCUUAAAAAUUUAAAUAGCUUGGAUAAACACUUUAUGAUGUGAAUUUUUAUGCAUAUUUUAGAAUUUUACUAUCUUCAAAAAGUUAAUAUCGUGGUGUGAAGAGAAUUUGAAUAUGAUAAAGGAUUCAAAAAGAAAAAAACAAACACAAUUAGACAUUCAUUUAAUUAAUACAAUAAGAGCAUAUUCAGAAUAUAUUAAUAAAGAACUUGGAUAAUACUUUAAACCAAAGUGA